CCGUUGUCACGGCGGCAACAAUGAAAAACCCUUUUGUGCCGCUUCCAACUUCAGACAUGACCAUUGCGACCCACUGUAGUGAUGGUCAGUAGCUAGUAGCAACUACAUGCAAUAGUAAGAGUCCCCAUACUUAUUUGGAUUAAAAAAAAAUGUCAGUGGUGACGGUCCAGCUGGGUCAGUGCGGCAACCAGGUGGGUCUGGAGUUCUUUGAGACCCUCUACAAUGACGCUCAGGCGGGCCAGAGGAAAACAUACGCUACUGCCAAUUGUGAACGCUUCUUCCACCAAACUAAAGAUGGAGACCUUGUUGCCAGGGCAGUGCAGAUUGACAUGGAGCCAAAAGUCAUCAAGCAGAAUUUCAGCAAGACUGCAAAAUCUAGCAAGUGGAAAUAUGACGCUGCAUCAAGCUUCAACCAGCGGCAGGGGAGUGGCAACAAUUGGGCCAAUGGGUUUUGCGUCCAGGGCCCCCGUCACAAAGAAGCAGUGGAAGACGUCACGCGGCGAGAGGUGGAACGGUGUGACAGACUGAGUGGUUUGAUGGCCAUGAUGAGUGUGGCAGGUGGUACAGGCUCUGGAGUCGGCACCUAUGUCACACAGUGUCUUCGGGACAUCUACCCCAAAUCCUUCAUUGUCAACCACCUCACCUGGCCGUACAGUACAGGCGAGGUGAUUGUCCAGAACUACAACUCUGUGCUAACACUGGGUCACCUGUACCAGCUGUCUGACGGACUGCUGGUGCACGAGAAUGACACGGUGCACAAGAUGUGCAGUCAGCUGCUCCGUAUCAAAGACAUCUCCAUCACCGAUAUCAACAAGGUGAUCGCUCAUCAGCUGGGGGCCAUCCUUCAGCCUGCGCUCACCUCUGAUUCCAACGGUGUCUAUAGCAGGAAUCCUUUGGGUGAACUUGUAAGCGCCCUCGUGUGCCACCCAGAGUACAAGCUGCUCAGCAUGAGCACCAUCCCUCAGAUGCCAAGUUCCUUCAUCGCAUACACCACCUUCGGAUGGUCACCUCUGAUCAAAGACCUGCGCCAGAUGCUCAUCUCGAACACCAAAAUGGAACAAGGUAUAGAUUGGCAGGUGCGUCCAUUGGCUGUUUCAGAGCGGACGAGGAGUCUGACCGGAUCUAGUGUCAACACUUCCUUGGCCAAUUUGCUUAUACUGAGAGGCAAAGAUGUGUUCAGUGCAGAGACAGUUGACUUCAGCGAUGCAGCUAUUUACAGUUCAUGGCUCUCACCCAAAGACGCUUUCAACGUGUGGAAAUGUCCGGUGUCCUUUAAUAAGUACGAAAAAACAGCUACGCUGGUCAGCAACAGUCAAGCUCUGAUUGAAUCAUUGGACAACAUGGUGAAAAAAGCUUGGAAUAUGUUUGCUGCAAGGGCCUACAUCCAUCAGUACACAAGGUUUGGGCUCUCAGAAGUGGAUUUCCUUGAAAGCUUUACUUUUGCAGAGCAAAUAAUUUCCAGCUACAGUCAAUUGGGCUGUAAUGGAUAAAACAGAAUGGCAGUUGUCUUUUACCUUGAGGACGCUUACAAAAUGUGACCAAUACACGCAUGCAGCAAAUACUGUACGUGACUUGUUAUUCCAUGAUUAAUACAUUUAUUUUUGUUGCUUGAACCACCUAUGGCACAUAUAACAGACUACAAUUUAAAGGGAUGACACGUAAUAAUUUCAUAAAUUUAUUGUACACUAAUUCCACACGAUAACAGUUUCAGCAUUGGUUAUAAAAAAACGAACUAAUUCCAAGUACAGGAUGUUAGUACACUCCACCUUGGUAAAAGGCAGCUGAGGACCCACAACUUCAGUCAGCUUACAGACCACUGUUGCCAUGUGAGACUUAACAGCCAACACCAGUCUGAUAAGCUAGCUGAGGAUGUGGAAAUUUGGUGAUCCAGAUGCAUGCACACUGCUAGGCUGAAAAAAGAACCAUGAAGAAUGGAAUAGGAGGCCAACAUGAGACUAUCACAUACCAAUAGCAACCAUAAACUGGAUGCUGUCAUUUAUAUGGUUGUUCACUUACCUGGAAGACGAUCAUUUCUUCAAGGGACAUAUACAUUUCCAGCCUUAGCACAACAAGCAAACAAAUGACUCACACUUGGAUACAAGUGUCAUUAUUGACGUGUUUAUAUAUGAUCCAAUCCAGGGUCCAACCUAAUAGCAUAGAAUUAGAAAUGGGACUAGUUGCCUUAAAGUGUCACUACAAAUGAUAUAACAUUGUUGGAUUCAAGGUGACUCCUCACCACAUACUGUUAGACUAGAAAUACAUCUAUGCAUAAUGUUCAUGAUUAAGAUAUCGACACAAUGUGCAAACUAUCAACGACAUUUUACAUUGAUAUUGCUUUUCCUUCCUCCUUUUUUUUUGGAGGGGUGGAGGAGACUGACAAGUCCAGGAGCAAAUAAAGUAUUGUCUAACAAGUCAAAAUCAUGAGGAUAUCCCAACCCUGCAAAGAAAGCAUCUAGAACCAGUUAUCCUGUCAGCACACUGUCCAAACAAAUAAAAGACAUUACAAAAUUAAAUAAAAAGUCAAGAUCUAGUUUCAAGGGAAGUUGAGACUUUCCCAUCUUUGCAUAAGGCAUCGCAUCAGAUAGGCAGUGCCUGUGCACAGAAGACACCACCAAACCGCUGCUUCACUUGUGAGGUCAAAGUAUGGAAUCAUCAGAAAGUAAGACCAUUAAAUUAGCAGGAUAACCAGGCGCUCUGCACACACUAAGUGAGAUGAGACAAAACAAAAAUGGUGGAGAGAGAUGUUUAAAAACAGACACACACAUACCAAGGACAGUCUGCUUUGGAGCGCUCAGCUUCUGAGCAUGGAGGUGAAGGGUGAGGUUUGUCUGCAAGUCAUGAGAGGACACGGGCUAAGCUGCAGCCGCAAAUGCGCAGUCACUUCUUGGAUGUUUGUACCGCUUCGCCUGUCAUCACUUGGUCUUCUCCACCAAGUGCCUUUGCUGUUGCAGCCGCUUGGCGUAACUCUGAGCCAUCGAGUUGACGAUGGAGAUGACAAAAUAGCAGACCAUGACCAGCACCAGCUUCUCGAACAGCCAGGACAGCCAGUUCUCAUCCUGGAAAGCCACAGUGAUGGUAGGUUAUUUAUUGCUAUGCCAGUUUAUUGCAAAAUGAAUAGUUCACUAGCAUCAUAAUGGAGGAAAGGUAGCAGCCAAAGAAAUCAUUCGCUUAUUAACUCUGUGUUCCCCCAGUAUAUCACGAGUCACUGUUUGCGCCUUUGCUAUACUUUGAUACUUUUUAAUGGGUUUUCAUUGCAUACUUACUAUAUUGUC